AGGGAAUAAGUUAAAGGGAGAGAGGGUCAUGGCAUGGGGACGGCUCAUAGUCACCGCCUCAGCAGCUGCUACAGGGCUCGGAAGGCGAAGAAUGUCUGCGUCAUCCAUGGCGGAAUUUCUCACCAUGAAGCCCUACUCUCCUCCUCCAUGGGCCUCCCACCUUCGUCCCAUUCCAUCUAGCGCCCUCUCCCUCGCUCACGUGCCUACUCCGAUCCACAGGUGGCAUCUUCCCGGCCUCCCUAAUGGCACGGAAAUAUGGAUAAAGCGCGACGAUCUCACAGGCAUGGAGCUGAGCGGCAACAAAGUCCGGAAGCUGGAAUUCCUGAUGGCGGAGGCGGUGGCGCAGCAAGCCGAUUCUGUCAUCACCAUCGGAGGCAUACAGAGCAACCACUGCCGUGCCACCUCCGUUGUCUCCAACUAUCUCAACCUCCGUCCCUAUCUCAUUCUCCGCACCUCCAAGCUUCUGGUCAACGAUGAUCCUGGAUUUGUCGGGAAUCUCCUGGUCGAGCGUCUCGUUGGUGCUCACGUUAACCUCAUCUCUAAGGAAGAGUAUGCCUCGAUUGGCAGUGUGGCCCUGAUUGAUGUUCUCAAAGAGAGGUUGGAAAAUGAAGGGAGAAAGCCCUAUGUUAUUCCAGUCGGUGGAUCCAAUACUCUGGGAACUUGGGGAUAUAUCGAAGCAGCAAGGGAAAUUGAGCAGCAGCUUCAGAGUAGGUCUGAUGGCUUAAAGUUUGACGAUAUCAUCGUAGCAUGUGGCAGCGGAGGUACAGUUGCUGGUAUUUCGUUGGGAUCAUGGCUGGGUCCCCUAAAAGCAAAGGUUCAUGCUUUCUCGGUUUGCGAUGAUCCUGAUUAUUUCUACGACUUCGUUCAAGACCUUCUUGAUGAACUGCAAGCUGGCGUUAGCUCACACGAUAUUGUUAGAAUCCACAAUGCCAAAGGACUAGGAUAUGCCAUGAACACGUUGGAGGAGCUUCAAUUAGUAAAGGAAAUAGCGAAUGCCACUGGUGUUAUUCUUGAUCCUGUUUACAGCGGGAAGGCUGCAUAUGGUUUGAUGCAAGAGAUGGCCAAGGAUCCCCAGAAAUGGGAAGGGAGGAAAAUAUUAUUCAUACACACUGGUGGACUUCUAGGACUGUAUGAUAAGGUUGAUCAGAUGGCUCCCUUUGUGGGUAACUGGUGCCGAAUGGAUGUUCAGGAAUCUGUCCCAAGGAAAGACGGUAUUGGGAAAAUGUGAUUUGUAAUUGUAUUGGUCUAAAAUCAGACAACAAAGAGCAUUCGUAUUCUUGAUUUUGAUGUACUCUCUUGUGGUUGAGGACAAAAAUAUUUUAUGUUCUGGGUAGAGACAAAUAGUGUACCAGAGCCCGGGAAGUCUAUGCCGAAGGAUGCUGCCUAUCACCACCGAGCUCCAGGUUCUUCCCUUUCCAUCCAUGUUUUCCAGGCUACUUGAUCGAGAAUGCCUUCUAUUGUAAAGUUAUAAUUUUUUUUUUGAUAAUAUGUGAUUUGAGUGGGGUUUGAACU